GCUCUUUUGAGCUCAUCUUAGUAUUAGGUCAGAGGAGUGGCCAUGGCGGACGACGCCCUCGAUCUGGAGCACAUGCUCCUGGCCGCUGCUGGUCGCAAGAGCGGCAGCAACACGAACGCUAGCAGCGGCGCCGCCAGCAAGAGAGAUGGUAAGAGGAGCUCCAGGAGAGGCUCCAGCUCCAGCUCUGACGAGGACGAGGAGGAGGAUGAAGACGACUACGACAAAAAGGGCAAGGGCGGCUCCAAGAUGCCACUCAAGAAGAGGUUUGAUGGCGGGGACAGGGACGAGGGCUCUGGGAGCGACCUGUCGUUUGGGAGUGAUCUGUACAAGGACGACGAGGACAAGCGGAAGCUGGAGGCGAUGACGGAGCUGGAGAGGGAGAUGAUCCUGCACGAGAGGUCGGAGAAGCGAGACAACUAUAGCCUCAAGAAGUCGACCGAGGCGCGCAUUGCAGAGGAGGAGCGGAAGAGGGACGGGCCACCCUCGUCCCGGAUGAGGUCCUCGGGCAGGGAAACCACCAAAACCUCCAAGACCAACGCUCUGAGCGAGCUGGUGGCCAAGAGGCAGAGGUCGCAGGAUGCGAGCCAGCUACAGCAGCAGCAGCAGCAUCAGCACCAGCACCAGCACCAGCAGAGGAAGAGACGGGAGAAUGUUGCAGGUGGUGCGGCUGCUCCUCCGCCCCGCCGUAGCGCCAGCCCCAGCUCCAAUUCUGAUGCUGAUUCCGAAGACGACGACGACGAGGAGAGCAGCCGAGGAGAAUCCAACCGCAGCGACGUACCUUCGGAUGACGACGACGACGAGCGGGGGGGGCGAGUGAGCCUGCCCGACAACGAGGACAUCAGGAAGAUCACCAUCCGGAGGUCCAAGCUGUCAAAGUGGUUCAUGGAGCCGUUUUUUGAGGAGGUGAUCGUGGGAUGCUUCGUGCGCAUUGGCAUCGGCAUGUCCAACAGCGGCACAAGCAUGUACCGCCUGUGCCUCGUGAAGAAUGUGGAUGCUACGGAGCCGGACAAGCCCUACAAGUUUGAAAACCGCACCACGCACAAGUAUCUCAACUGUACGUGGGGGGACGACUCCUCGGCGGCUCGCUGGCAGAUGGUUCGAGCAUCCGACCAGGCCCCUACAGACGACGAGAUCGAUGCAUGGAAGGCGGAGGUGGCCAAGUCGGACUCUCCCGGCAUCAGCAAGUCGGCGGUGAGGGACAAGGCCGAGGCCCUGGAGAAGAUCGCCUCCUUCGUCUACUCGGCUGCAGCAGUGAAGCAGAUGCUGCAGGAGAAGAAGAUGGCAUCGGCGAGGCCGUCCAACUUGGCGCUGGAAAAGGAAAGAGUGAUGAAGGACCUGAGCGUCGCUGAAGGCAAGGGAGACCAGGAGCAGAUAGAGCGGCUGCACGAGAAGCUCAAGGAGCUCGAGUCUCUGGCGUCCAAGCAGCAAACCAAGAAUGAAAAGGCGGAACGUAUCGAGAUGAUGAACCGGAGGAACAGGUUUGAAAACUUUAAAAACGCGUCGGAACUCAAGCCAGCGGCCAAGAUGGGCGAGGCGGGCUACGAUCCCUUCUCCCGGAGGUGGACAAGGUCACAAAACUACUACAAGUCGGACGCUCCAAAGACCGCAGCGGAGGAGCACAGCGAAGCCAUCGGGGGUGAUAAGGCGGGCAAAGACGGGGCGGGCUUUUUGCAGGAGCUGACCAAGGCUGGCAAUGGCCGCCUGAUGGGACGCCAGUUCUCCAAGAUGUUUAGCCUGCACGACUUCGACUUGCCCAUAUCGUUGGCCGCACUGGAGCGCUUCAAAGGCGGGCAGGGAGCAGCCAUGGCCUUCAUGGAGCGGAAGCGGAAGAUGGAAGCUCACUACGGUGUGCGCGUCGACGCCGACGACGGCCGGCGCCACAGCCUCACGCUCACGGUCAACGACUACAAGCGCCGCCGGGGGCUGCUCUAAGCAAAGCAAGGUGGUGUGUACUUGUAUUGCUUUUGUGGUUAAAAAGGAUCCGUGGCCUCGACAACUUCCA